UUCGUCUACCGUUAAAAGCCAUUGAUUCGGCUGUUGGAUUCGCGCGUAAAAGUUACUCUCAUGCGGAGGUGGUAAAGUCUCACUUGGGGUACAAUUGGUGGGCAGUUCACGCAGGUGAAAUUGUGCACAUUUAAAUUAUCAUAUUCGAAAACGAUAACGUGAAUAGUGAAACAUCAAAAGUCUUCUUCGAUCGAUCAAAAUCCGAUUUACGUGAUUGCCGGGAAGAUAUUCUUGGUUUCAAUUGAAGAAGUGCUUUCACGAUGUUGCAGGUUCACGUAACAAAUGUUUUGGCAAUUGCUAUCGUCUUCUUUCGAAUUUUGGCGGUCGCAACGCCAGAGGCAAUAGCAGAAGCAGCAAUCAGGACUAAAUGGCCACACAAAAUUCACAGUGUUCCAACAUUAGACCAAGGCAAUCACGAGAAACCCAAACCCAAAAAUAAGCCGCUUUGGACGCAUAAAGAUCACCUGGAAUGGCCUAAGAAGUUUCCUACGUGUGGUGGAAGACGGCAGUCUCCGAUCGACAUCCACCCGAAAUCGACUGAGCUGGAAGCGUUUCCCAGUAUAAAAUUCCACAACUACGGAUUAAUCGAUAACCUCGAAUUCGUCAAUAACGGACAUAGUGCUGCCGCCAAUCUGCCAAAGGACUUUCCCAAAGACAAGACGCCCGGCAUCAGCGGCGGAGGGCUGAAUGACACUUAUGCGUUCGUUCAAAUCCACAUGCACUGGGGUUCCGACUCUUCUAAAGGCAGCGAACAUGUCAUCAAGUCACAAAGCUAUCCUAUUGAGUUACAUUUCGUUCAUUAUAACACCAAGUAUGGAUCGUUCGCUGAAGCCAGUAGAAACGCACAAGACGGCCUGGCCGUUUUAGCAGUCUUAGCUACGGUAAGAUAUCGUUGGUUACACUUAGGAAAUAGUGUUUUAAUGAAUGAUUAACUCUUUUUAUUUUACAGGUGUCACCCUAGUGAUAGCAAAGCUUUUCAGCCAAUGGUUGAUCAACUCGGAGAGAUCGUGCAUAACGGUGACGAAACGAUUUUAAGGUCACCUCUUUCGCUCAAUCGUUUGCUACCCAGACGGACAUCAUCGUUCUAUCGCUACUUUGGUUCGUUGACCACACCCGACUGCCAGGAAAUCGUCACGUGGACCAUUUUUGAUAACACGAUUGAAAUUUCCGAAAGACAGUUGAACGCGUUCAGAAUGAUUAAAGACGAGGUUGGAGAACCAAUGGUCAACAACUUCCGUACGCCGCAGCCGUUGAACGAACGCACUGUAUUUUACAGAUCGUUCACUGGAUGCGAAAUCUCUCGUUCGUUGACUGACAACGAAUCGCCUGAAUCCGAAGCUUUAAAAUGGAGCAAAUGCUUGAUGAGCUACGCUUUCAAUUCAAUUUUACCUUCAUCCUAAACACAUCCAUUAGUAUUCUAUAUCUUUUUUUAAUUUUUAAUUUGACGUUGGUCGAUCGUGGCGAGUAUUCAGAUUUUAAAGCACUAACUUCAUCAUCACAAUGGCAAACAUUUCGAAAUAAUAUAUUUUCAAAUUUAUUCGAAAAUCGUUUAUUACGUAACUGAAUAUUUUAAGAAAUUAUUUUUAACCAUUGUUUUUAAUUUUCUGACGAACACAUCUCUUUGGCCUUUAUAUUUUGUCUUGGACAACAGAAACAUUCUGGCUACGAGGCAAAUAAUAUGACACAUACAUGUUUUACGACAUGUAUAUGUCAUAUUUGUAACUUAAAGUCAGUAAUGGGUCUCCAAAUAUAGUCUGACCUCUAAUUUCUCUGUCUUUUGUUUCUUGAAUCUUUUUGUAUUUUUACAGCCCUUGACCAAAUAGAUUGUGAGACAUUCGAA